AUGGCUUCCCCUAGCAUUCUCACCUUUGACGCUGAGGGUCGGGCAGUGGACUUUGAGGUCUGGGUAGAUGAUCUGCAGCUUUUCCUGCAGUGCGAUAGGGCAGACGGCCUCUCCCUGUUUGACCUCACUUUUGGUGCCUCCCCUGCCCCUGCUGCUGAUGCUGACGCCACUGUUCGCUCACAGUGGGCCACACGUGCCCCCUCUGGCACCCUGUGUGGUCUGUACCUCCCCUCGUUCUCUACGAACUUGGUGAGUGGAGCGGACCUACAGGAUCGAGGGGUUGACCAGUUCACUCCUGCGAACCACGAGAUGGAUGGGUUGGAGCCAGAGGGCCGGGAGGAGGAGGUGGGAGAGGGUGGUGGAAGGGCGGCGACAGAGGCGGGAUCACAGCAUGUGCGUGAAGGGGGAGGGAGCGUGGGGGUUAAGGUGGGGGGGGGAAAGGCCAUGACCAUUAGGGAGCCGAGGCAGAGGAAGAAAGCGAACAAGUUGAGAGAGCGGGCGUAUCCCUGCACGUUCACUGGGGAGCCCUUGGGCGAGGGUGUGAUCGCUCCCGAGUUCCUAGACAAGGACGGAGGGUCCGAGAGUAGUAAGGGGACUGGCAAGGGUAAUAGGAAGCCGGGGUGGCAAGUUAUGAUGUUCGGACCGUUAGGGGCAGACGAUAAGCGUCAGUGCAAGAUUUGCACAGACAGGAUUUCGUGGAAGCAAUCCACAACAACCCCGGGCGAGCGGCACUUUGCGAGCUUCCACACUGCGCACAUGCAUGUGUGGCAUCACCGUUACCACACCCCGUCCGUUCACUUGCCAGGGGAGACGUUUCCCCGAGGGGGCUACAAGGGAGUGCCGGAUGGCUACGUCUAUCAGUGGCCACAUGCCAAGACUUGGCCGCAGCUCGCCAAGGGGAAAGCGAUGGCGACUGGUGGAGGUGAUGGGUCAGGAGGGAUCGAGCGGUGGAUGACAAUCAAACUGACCUCGGUGCAGCUACGGCAGGCGAUCACGAAGCUGGUGGUCACCUGCGACCUCCCCUUCCGCAUCGUCGAGGCCGAGGGUUUUCGUGAGCUACUCAUCCUGUUAAACCGCAACUGCGCGCAGAAAAACUUCAUCCCCUCGCGCUGGACGGUUUCCCGCGACACAGUGGUCUAUGCGGCUGCCGCUCUUCAGUCAGCCAUCGCGGAGAUGCUGGCGAAGGAGGGGGAGCUGGGGUGCAGGGUGUCGUUCACCAUCGACAUGUGGACGUCGCCCAACAACAGGGCGUGGCUAGUGGUAACGGGUCACUGGAUCGACGAGAAUUACCAGCUGCGCACAAUGGUGUUUGAAUUCCGCGAGAUUCACGGGCGUCACACGGGCAAGCAGAUGGCGAGGGUGGUUGAGGUGACGGUGGUGCAGUGGGGGUUGGAGACGCGUUGUCUUGGGUUCACCUCGGACAACGCCUCCAGCAACACUGCCGCUUUCAGAUGGAUGUCGGAGGAGGGUGGUGGCCAGUGCUUCUUCAACUCGCGCAUGCACUUCUGGUACGAAAGGGAGUGUGCGUGGGAUGUGCGAUGA